UAUUUCUUUUUUUUAUUUUAGAAGAAGGAAGUUGAAACUUGUAUGUAACAAAUCAUCUCCUAGUGAUUAAUAUCGUAGAUUUUUAACCAAGAAAGACCGAUGUCAGACCGGACGAGGAUUAGAAAUGACUAAACCGGACUUGGUACAACACUUGAAUCUCCAUUAAAUUGGGGAAAUUGCAGAAGAAGUCACCAAAAAUGGCGGAAAAUGUUGGAAGCGGCGAGAGCGAGUUCGGCAGUGUCACUUCCUCUCAGAUAUCUUUCCUUAAUAACUGCCCCUUCGCCGAUCCUCUCGCCGGAGUGGAAGAAGACACUGACUCUGACGGCACGGAGGUUCUCGGGACCCCGAUGUUGCAGCCGGUUACCCGAACUCCGAUCCUCUCGCUUUCGACUCCGAUCAGCCUCGAUUCCAUCAACGAUGAGGACGUGUUCCGUACUCCUCCCGAGAACGCGUCUCUCUCCUCCUCCGCAGCCGAAUCCGAACCCAGAGGUAGGGCUUCGGAGCUCAAACCUCGGCGACGAGGAGGAGGUUCGAAAUCGAAAUCGAAAUCUCCGUCGCGUGUUUCUGCUUCAGCGUCUCUCACGGCGGAGACUGUCAGGGUUUUCGAGAUGAAUCGUGUUUCCGAUCGCAAAGAAUCUGUCACGGAGGUGACGCCUCUUUCUCCUCCGUCAUCUCUCGCGGCCGGCGAUGUUAGGGUUCCGGGAAAGCAUUCCGAUCUCGAUUCUCCUUCUCCUGAGUCUGCAACCGAAGGAAUCAAGGUCACUGAAAGUGGUGGUGGUGAUGAUUAUGAAAUUGAGAUUCCCUUCAAAGAAGUUAUCGAAGCUCUUCUUCGUAACAAUGGAGAGAAUCUCGACGAUAGAGAUGAAAGAGUUAGCUACGUUGACAUCCUCAAACGAUAUGGCCUCAAGUUCCCCUAAAUAGAUACCAAUUCAACUUCUUUCCUUUUCUUGUUUAUAACAAUUACAUCCCGUUAAAAACAAAAGUUUGAGAGCUUUACGGUUUUGGUUGCUUGAGCGACAAGUAAUCAUAAGCUACGUUACAUUUCUUUUUCUACAAGGCUAAAUCCCUACAAAGAUUAAAACUGGUUCGCCGUUUCCAUUGAAAUGAUUGUAGUUGGUUCAA